AUGCUUUGUUACGUUAAUACUAUCGUAAAGAUUAGUCAGGUUUGUCAAUCUGACAAAGAAGAAUCUAAGUUAACUGUUGUGUGGGCUAUAGGUCUCUAUCCUGUUGGAAGUGAAGAACGAGAGAUUGAGAUGGUUUUAUUUAUCCUGAUGGUUGAUUAUGAUAGAGACCCUAAUUCGCAGUCUGUUUUUGUUAAGAACGAAUACUAUAGUGUUGGUAAGAAGGCUAUUCCUGGAAGUUAUAAUAACAAUUUGAGGUUAAAAAUAACUGUUGUUUCGUUUACGCAUCUUGUAAUUAGAAGAGAUCUAGGUUCUAAUAGAUGUCUGUUAAAAGUUUCAUUGGUUGGUGUUAUUCAGGAUGCGGCACAGGAGAUUAAUGAUGAAAAUGCGAUGGUUAAGGUGUUGGUGAAAGAUUAUGUUGGUCAGAGCAGUUCUUUCAUUGUCAGAGUCAUAUUUCCUUAUCAUAACAAUCGAUUCAAGUAUUUGUUGAAUUCGGUGCGACCAUAUGUAUCAGUGCUUUUUGUUAUUGGAUUAAUGGAAGUUAUUCAUAAAGAGUUAUAUGUAUAUGCUGUUGAAACUUCUUAUAUUGAUUCUUGUUUUCUGGAUAAGAAAAAAGUAAAUAAUUCUAACGAUUCUCAAUCUUCAUUGGUGUUAUAUAAAUCGAUUCAUUCAAGGCUUUUGGCAGCUCAUAAUGAUGUGAGCGAAAAUUCGUCUGAAGAGAUUAAUGAUAAACGUAGUAAUCAACGUGGUGAAGUGGACCAGUCUGUGAGUGAAUCUUCUGUGUCUAAUUCUUAUUCAUCUAAACGUGUAAGGGUUGAAGAUAAGGAUCCGAAUCAUGUUGAUUCUGAUUAUAUUGAGGAUGAGUGUGAAUUUAAUAAGGGUUCUGUAAGUAGUAUUGAUUCAGAAGAAAAUGUUACGGAUAAUUUUAAAACUUCGGAACGUAAUAUUAGUAAAGCGAAUAGAGAAGGGAUUCCUUCUAUUGUGCAUAAUACGAGAAAACGAAGUGAAAUGCUUAAGAAUGUAAACGGUAGUGUGGUCGCAGGAGAGUAUAAGAAGAAUUGA